GCUAUGCGUCAGUGCUUAGGGGCUGUGCGAGCAUUUUCAUGUGUUUGGUGAAAUUUACGGAUAAGAAGCAGCUUUAAUUAUAAGGGUUGAUGAUCAGGGUAGUCAUGAAGAGUUUGCACGCGGUGGUGCACGAGGCUGCGGCCAGUCACGGCUCUAAAACUGCCGCCGUGUUCGACACCGGCGCGUCGCCUGCUGUUCGCUUGACCUAUGAUGAACUCGCUGCUUUAGGAGGCGAGCUGUGCAGAAACCUGCAGGGAACAGCAGGGAAGAACGAACAGUUUAUCGGUGUGUUCUGUGAUGUGAACAUCUUCCUCCCGGUCUGGAUCUUUGGUGUCCUGCAGGUGCCUGCUGCCUAUGUUCCUCUGGACCCGGUCUCACCACCUCUGCUUACCAUGAGAAUAAUGGACAGAUGUCCUUUGAAGUUCUGCUUGAUACAGAGCACUUUGCUGCAGCAAUUUCAGAGUGCCUUUUCCAGUUUACUGUCAGUAGAAGUGUUUGCAGUCUGGUCAGCACUUCAGCUUACUUUAGUAAAGCUUCACAAAAAUCCACCAACCUCGCCUGAAGCAAGCGAAAGACGGCCGACUGAAGAUAAUCCGCCGUUAAAGCUCAAACAGGAGGAAAAGCAGCGUCUCAGCGCUGAUGAUGGUGGAAAGGAAGACCGGGCAGGAGAGCUGGCAUACGUUCUGCACACAUCUGGAACAACUGGACUUCCUAAAAUAGUAAAAGUUCCACACAAGUGUAUUGUGCCUAAUAUAGUGCAUCUCAGCUCUUUAUUUCAGGUGACCCCAGAUGAUGUUGUGUUCCUCGCAUCACCUUUAACUUUUGACCCUUCAGUGGUGGAGAUGUUUUUGGCCCUGGCUUCUGGAGCUUGUCUUCUGAUGGUUCCCUCCGCUGUGAGAAGGAUGCCUGCGAGACUAGCUAACGUGUUGUUCAGACGAAACACCACCACGGUUUUACAGGCCACUCCGACUCUGAUGAGGCGCUUUGGGGGACGUGUCCUGAAGGAGGAGAUACUCAGUGCAGGCUCCUCGUUGAGGGUGUUGGCUUUGGGGGGAGAGGUUUGUCCAUCGCUAUUCCUCCUCAACAGUUGGAGAGGAGCGGGCAACAAGACACACAUUUAUAACCUCUACGGCACCACAGAAGUGUCCUGCUGGGCUUGUUACUACAAACUGCCAGACGAUCUCACAGUCUCCUCAGACCACAUGGACAGUGGGUCUGUGCCUCUGGGAGAGGCGCUCAUGGACACUGCUGUGGAAGUGAGAGAUGAGAAUGGACGUCUGGUCACUGAAGGAGAGGGACAAGUCUUCAUAGGUGGUCAGGAGCGGGUAUGCUUACUAGAUGAUGAGACGCUGACUCCUGCCAAAGGAGUGAUGCGUGCUACAGGGGACUGGGUGAUGGUGCAGAACUCGCACAUCUAUUACUUGGGUAGAAAGGACCGACUGGUUAAACGUCAUGGUCAGAUGCUACACUUGGAUGCUUUACAACAGGCCAUGGAAAGCCUGCCUCAGGUAGAAGCCGGUGUGGUGGGUCUGCACAAGAGCAGCAGAUUGGUGGCUUUUGUGGUGCCCAAAAUUUACACAAGAACCCUGUCGUCUGAACACAGCAGCAACCAAGAACAGCACAUGCACAGCUCCACUAACAACACUGAAAACUCCCAUGUUUCCUCCAGAGCUGUAGAGAUGGAAGUGCUUAAAGGACUGUCUCAACUUGUGCCCAGUCACAGCAUUCCAGAUUCUCUAUUACUGAUCCCCGCCCUGCCGCUCACUAAUCAUGGUAAAGUGGCCAUGGAGAAGCUGAUGAGGAUGUAUGAGAGACAGAGAGAGGCUAAUGGGAAGCACACUAGAACGGGAGACAUGGAGACUGUGAGAGAAAGACUCCAGGCACUGUGGAAGGAAUGUCUAGGACUUUGUGAUGACGGAGCUGUCGCAGACGAUGCACACUUCAUGUUAAGCGGUGGGGAUUCUCUCCAAGCGCUGCGCCUCUUCGAUUACAUCACGGUUACCAUGGAAACCGCUCCUGCAGGUCUGCUGGAGGUCAUCCUAGAUGGCUCUUUUUCAGAUGUCCUAAAACACAUCACAGCAACCCGCCCAAAUCCUAUCAAGACAUCAGGCAAGAGACUAGCUGAAGAUUCUACAUCUGUUGUUUCGACUAAGAGGAGAUACCACACAGAAGCUGAUGCGAACUUUGACCCUGAGGGGAUUUUGCCACCUGUGGGGUCUUCAGAGAGUGGCAAAAAGAGAUUUGUUGUUGUUCGUAGAGCUGGGGAUGUUGUAUUUUGGGAUAACUUUCCAAACAGAGAGCUUAUAACAAAUUCAAAAGGAGAAAGUGGCAACAUGGACAGGAAACGUGAGGAGUGUCCGAGUGCAGAACUCAGCCCUUUAUCUAUAAGCAGAAGAAGUCUGACCGCCACGAAUAGUUCCUCUCUAAGACCCACAGACAUGGAUGUUCCAGCAGAGGAUGGACAAAGCAGUGGUGUUACUUCACAAGCAGACAUUAGAAAAGACAUCCAACCCCUGGGCCUGCAGCUACGUUGGAGUUCGGACACGGGCAGAUGUGUGGACGCUUCACCUGUGCUACUGGUUGGCCCUGAGCGAAACACUGUGUUUAUUGGCUCUCACUCUCACAGACUACAGGCUCUGGACCUCAGCAGUGGAGAGGUGGUGUGGGAGCGUGUGUUAGGGGACAGACUGGAGUCUUCUGCUGCUGUCUCCAAAUGUGGGACUCUGGUGGCAUUAGGGUGUUAUGACGGACAGGUAUAUUUCCUGAGCGUGGAUUCGGGUGAGACGCACUGGGUGUUUAAGACAGGAGACACAGUGAAGAGUUCUCCUGCUGUAGAUCCUCAGACUGGCCUGGUUAUCGUCAGCUCCCAUGAUGGACAUGUCUACGCGUUAGAACCUCUGGUGAAGCGGUGUGUGUGGAAACACUAUUGUGGAGGUGGUGCAGUGUUUUCUUCCCCCUGUGUCCACUCCUCGCCCAGACGGCUAUACUCAGCCACUCUAAGAGGGCAGCUCCAUUGUCUUAGUCCGGACAGCGGUACACUCUUGUGGACGUAUUCCACUGAUGUUCCGUUUUUCUCCUCUCCUUCCUGUUCUGACUCCUGCGUCUGUGUGGGUUCAGUGAAUGGACACAUCACUGCAUUAAGCCAUGAUGGAAAUGUGUUAUGGGAUUUCCUCACCGAUGGACCCGUCUUCUCAUCGCCGUGCCUGACCUCAACCAGAUCUGACGCGCAUGACGGUUUCACGACAUUGUCUCCAUCUUGCCCAGCUGUUUUUUGUGGAUCGCACGAUUCCUCUGUAUACUGCAUCGACUCUGCUAACGGCUCGUUACUAUGGAGAUUCCGAACCACAGGCAAGGUGUAUUCCAGUCCGUUUGUUUUUGAUGGAUCUCCCUGGGGCGUGAGAACCCUGGUAGCCAUAGCGUCAACUGACGGAACCUUGUGGGUACUAGACGGAGAACAGGGAACAGUGAAAGCCUCUUUCCUCUUACCUGGAGAACUCUUUUCCUCUCCUGUGGUGUGGGGUCACGCUAUAGUUCUGGGAUGUCGGAACGACUACGUCUACUGCUUGGAACUGACUAUGAGGACAGAAUAACUAAAGCAUCUCUUAGUGUAUAUGUUUGUAUAUGUUUUACUGGCUGUAAUAUAAUGUGUAUAUAAAACUAUUUAAAUGAAAUUUUUUACAGAUGUUCAUAUUAUUUAUAUAUAUAUAUAUAUAUAUAUAUAAGAUAUUUUUCUGGGCAAAAACAGGCAUUUCAACUCCAGACAUCGAACAUCUGUCGUUAAUGUUUUGUUUUUUCCUUUGUGUUACUUAAUGAGGACCUUUUUUGCAAAUGGAGCAAAUAAAAAGUGCAAGUACCAACA